AUGCGAGAAGCUCGACACGCCAAUGCUGCCAAGAAUCACAAUGAAAAACGCGCCAUAAAAAAUGACGAAACAAAAACCUCCAUUGCCGCCGAGGUUGGCCCCUCUGCCUUCGCUGCGUUUGCAAUGCUCGGACUUGUGUUUGGCGGCUGCUGUUCAAACGUUUAUGCACUGGAGUCGAUCAUCAAUUUUGAAUCGGGCAGUGGCACUCUACUUACAUUCGUUCAAUUUUCUUUUGUCGCCGUAACCGGCUAUGUAUCUCAGUUUGAUUAUAAGCGGCCACCUCUUUUCCUGGCGCCGACUAAAGUCCCCCUCAGCCGAUGGGCUGUCAACAUUGUUUUGUUCUUCGCCAUCAAUGUCUUGAACAACCAUGCCUUCAGCUACGAUAUCUCGGUGCCAGUUCAUAUUAUUCUUCGAUCUGGAGGUAGUAUAACAACCAUGAUUGCGGGUUACCUUUACGGCAAAAGGUACUCCAAAAUGCAGAUCAUGUCUGUAGUACUACUCAGCAUAGGCGUCAUCCAGGCAGCUUGGUCAGACGCAGCAAAUAAGUCAACAUCCAAUACUUCGUCCAAAACCGCCUUCAGCACCGGGCUCAUCAUUCUUUUCGUUGCGCAAAUCCUGUCUGCCAUCAUGGCUAUGCUGCGGACAUUCCGCUCUCUGUCCAAUUCCCAUCCAGUGCGAACAUCUUGA